UGGUGUGCAAGAAUUGGCGUCUACGCAGGAUAUACCCUGGUAUGACACCAUUAAAUGUAGACCACGUAGCAAUUUUUUUCCCCCCAUGACCAACCAUUGUGUGGAAACCUUUGUUCAGGCUGUAGAAAGGGAUGUUAACAAACUUAAAUGGCCCAUUAAACGACAUAAAGCACAGAACCUUUCUAGGGCUGAAAAGGAUGCGCUGCAUAAUCUUAAAUCAGAUACCUCCAUCACCAUUAAGCCAGCGGACAAGGGAGGGGCAAUAGUGGUGAUGGACACUGAUUACUACAGAGAGGAGGCUGCUUCCCAAUUGAGUAAUACCUCACACUAUAGGUUGCUGGAGGGUGAUCCCACGAGUGACUUAAAGCAGGUGAUUGAUCAUGUCUUGGAGAUUAGUAAAGAGGAAGGGAUUAUUACAGAACGCCUUAAGAAAGGUUUUCCAAUUAUACCUGUGUUCUAUCUUCUUCCUAAGAUCCACAAGGAUAUGCAAAGACCACCCGGGAGACCCAUUGUGGCGGGAAUGUCAUCCAUAUUUCAACCGAUGGCUAUACUGCUGGAUAGUGUCUUGAACCCCCUUGUGGUAUGUACUAAAUCGUAUGUGAAAGACACUACCGAUUUCAUAAACAAAUUAAAUGCCAUAGACAUGGUUCCACAGGAUGCAUUUCUAUGCACAAUGGAUGUCUCCUCACUAUACACCUCUAUCCCACACGAUCAGGGUAUUGAGACCAUAGACAGGACUCUACGAGAACAGCAAUUACCAGAUGGGGUGACCGAAUUACUACUACAGUUCCUUAAAUGGGUCUUAACUAAGAACUACUUUCUAUUUGAGGGGAAAUACUAUGAGCAAAGCCAAGGGACGUCAAUGGGGUCAAACGUCGCUCCAGCAUAUGCUAAUCUGUAUAUGGCACGUUUUGAGGAGGAUUUUGUAUACGACAACCAGGAGUUCUGGCCCCUUGUUGUCACUUGGCUUCGCUAUAUAGACGACCUCUUCUUCAUAUGGCAAGGCUCUGAGGAUCACCUACAUCUUUUUAAGGAAUACCUUAAUACAAGAAUUCCGACCAUUAAGUUCACCUUAGAAUUUGAUCGAUGUCAAGUACAUUUUUUGGAUGUGACUAUAGAGGUACAAGGAGGGAGACUUAUGACGGAUAUCUAUAGGAAACCUACAGAUAGAAUUACCUACCUUGAUCCCCGCAGUUUCCAUCCACCUUCAACCACAAGGGGUUUACCCUAUAGCCAGCUAUUACGUGUGAGACGGAUUGUAAGUACAGAUACCAAGUUUGAUGAGAGAGCAGGAGAAAUGUUGACCCACUUUAAGAGCAGGGGUUAUGAGACUGGUGUCCUCUUGGAGGCCAAACAGAGGGCUAAGGAAAAACCUAGAUCUACUUUAUUGACGAAGACACAGAAUAAAAAGACAGAUAGAUUGCCUUUUGUUUCCACAUAUUCCACUAAAUCAGGGCAGGUGAAGAAUAUAAUAAAUCAUCAUUGGCAUUUGUUACAGAUGGACCAUAGGUUACGACCGUGGGUAGCUGAUCCUCCAAUGAUGGCGUACAAAAGAGCGACAAACUUGCGGGACCAGCUGGUACAUGCCCUGAGUGAACCUCCUAAAAAACAAGAUUUAAUAGGACAUUGGUGACGGAUUUGAAUCUGUGCUAUUUACCCCUAUCUAUGAUUGACAUGAACAUUUUUUAUGAGUAUCUUCACGUUAACUUUUAUUAUGGGUUUGAUGAGGACAUACCACGUUGGUGAUCGAUUUGCACUGGACACCAUAUUUGUACUAGAUUAGUACCUGAGGAAUUGUAAUAUGUAUUUUUUUGUAUGAAAUAUUUUAAUAACCUCUUUUUCUAAUAACCUCUAUUUAUGGUACUAUGCACUUGCACUUUAUGGUAUAUAAUUCUACCACAUGUAUUUAUUAAGAUUGACACUAAAUUUUUAUACUUAUUCUGCAAUUUUAUGAGUAUAAUAUGAUCAAUUGAUUAUCACGAUAUAUAAUCUAUGAAUGACAUGUAUAGAAUAAUGUCUAAACACUGUCUGUAUUAAUUAUUGCAAUAUCACUUUAAAUGGAUUAUGUAACUUUAAGGGGGUUGAGAUUUUUAUUAUAACACUAGAUCCAAUGUCUAAAUCUUUUAUCUGUUGCGAAAAUAUUGGGGUUGCUAGGAUACGGCGUGACUGCCAAUAUAGUUCUCAUUGCACAUUUACUUUUUUUUAAGAAAGAGCACCCAUAGUCUAUUCUCGCGCGAUGUUUACCCGAGGAAACGAUCGGUUAGGGAGCCGCGUCACCACGCCGAACGUAUCAACGUCGGAAGGGACGUA